GAAGUGAGAUGAAGAUUCUAGAGGAAGCAGAGGAAAUGCUGGGCCAGUUGCAGGGUGGAAAAAGAGAGAUGGCGGGUCCUCCCUUCUUGCGGAAGAAGUUACCACAGCUAGCUACUAUUGCGGCUACUUCAUUAUUUCGUGCUGAAUCAGAAAUGGGUUCUCUUGUGGGAUUGGCGGCUCACAUCAUGCCUGUCGAAAUCAUCACUCUUCUGGCAGAGAAGAGGAUUCACCCUAAUCGCUCUGUUCCUUGGAUCAACGAGGUUGAUAUCUACCAAUUUGAUCCUUCUGACUUGCCUGCUCUUUCAGAAACCAACUCCGAGAACCAGGUAUGGUACUUUUUCGUUGAACGGUAUUACAAGUCUGCCAAAAGUCAACUUACCCACCGAAAAACAAGAGGAGGAAACUGGAAAAUAACUGGACAACGCCGUUACGUGAAGGAUAAAGGGAAAGUUAUCGGAAGCAAAAAGACAUUAGUUUUCUGCAGACGUGGAAGAACUUCUGAGGAGAUCGAGACUGACUGGGCUAUGCAUGAGUUCUAUGUCAAAGACAGCCCUCGUUUCGAGAAGAAUUUCGUUGUCUGUUACAUAGGAAAAAAAAGAAGAAUGAAGUCUAGUGUGAGAAGAAGAAAGAAGUCUAGUGUUUUAACCCCUGAUGAUGGUCAACCCAAUCUCAGUCUGUCUUCAGAUUAUGUGACUCAUGUUACAGAAAAUCCUUCUUCAGAGUUCUUGGUUCAGGUUGAAUCUCAGCGACAGCAACCAAUGAGCCAGCAUAUGAUUACUGAUUAUUGGAGGCAUAUUUCAGAAAAUUCAUUUUUGCAAGCGGGAACAAACAUGCCUUAUCAGGGAGAACCUCCCCCACCAUCCAGUAACAAUUCGGUUUCUGAACCAAUAAAUCCGUUUUCAGAAUUUUCUUCGGAGGUAGGACCUCAACUACUAUCCAGUUCCAAAUUAGAUUAUGAUCUAAGAAAUCAUUCCAUUGCAAGUUCUUCUUCAAUGGUUGAUUCUCAGCAACAGCAACCAAUGAGUCAGCAUAUGAUUACUGAUUAUUGGAGGCAUAUUUCAGAAAAUUCAUUUUUGCAAGUGAGAACAAACAUGCCUUUUGAGGAAGAACCUCCUCCACCAUCCAGUAACAAUUUGGUUUCUGAACCAAUAAAUCCGUUUUCAGAAUUUUCUUCAGAGGUAGGACCUCAACUACUAUCCAAUUCCGAAUUAGAUUAUGAUCUAAGCAAUCAUUUCAUUGCGGGUUCUUCUUCAAAGGUUGAAUCUCAGCAACGGCAACCAAUGAGUCAGCAUAUGAUUACUGAUUAUUGGAGGCAUAUUUCAGAAAAUUCAUUUUUGCAAGUGGGAACAAACAUGCCUUAUGAGGAAGAAACUCCUCCACCAUCCAGUAACAAUUUGGUUUCUGAACCAAUAAAUCCGUUUUCAGAAUUUUCUUCAGAGGUAGGACCUCAACUACUAUCCAAUUCCGAAUUAGAUUAUGAUCUAAGCAAUCAUUUCAUUGCGGGUUCUUCUUCAAAGGUUGAAUCUCAGCAACGGCAACCAAUGAGUCAGCAUAUGAUUACUGAUUAUUGGAGGCAUAUUUCAGAAAAUUCAUUUUUGCAAGUGGGAACAAACAUGCCUUAUGAGGAAGAAACUCCUCCACCAUCCAGUAACAAUUUGGUUUCUGAACCAAUAAAUCCGUUUUCAGAAUUUUCUUCAGAGGUAGGACCUCAACUACUAUCCAAUUCCGAAUUAGAUUAUGAUCUAAGCAAUCAUUUCAUUGCGGGUUCUUCUUCAAAGGUUGAAUCUCAGCAACCAAUGGGUCAACAUUUUAUUUCUGAUUCUAGACAGCAUAUUUCAGAGAGUUCAUUUUUACAAGUGAGAAAAAUCAUGCCUUAUCGGUUGUCUUCAGUAUCAGUUAUAGUCUUUGAAAAACAUAUUCACACAACUAAUACUUUGUUUGUCUAUGAUGCUUUUCUUCAGGUAGAGACUCCACCACUAUCUAGUAACAAUUUGGUUUCUGGACCUAUAAUUCCCUUUUUAGAAUCUUCUUCUGGGGUAGAACUUCAACUACUAUCCAGUUAUGAAUUAGAUUAUCAUCUAAGAAAUCAUUUUAUGCCGAGUUCUUCUUCAUUGAUGUAUCCUCAACAACCUGACGAAAUUGAAGAAGUCAGCUACUAUAAUUGGCUGAAUCAAAGCUUGGACCCUCAACUACAGUUGCCAAAUAAUCCACACCAGGGAUUUAAUACCUCGUACGCAAAUGGCAUUAGUAAUAACUGUAAUAUGGGGAGCUACCAAUUCACUGGUGGGCUUGAAGAUGUCGUGAAUUUGCAAAGGAACGUCCAGAAUUAAUUUCCUUUUGUUAGGAUUUUCCUCCAAUAGCAUUGUAUAAAUAAAUUCAGAAAGGGGGAUUAUGUUAUUAUGGUUAUGAACAUUGUAGACUGCUUUGCUGUGUUCUGAUUAUGUGCUUUGUAGUUGUUGAGAAUAAUGGUUACAUCCUUUUGGACUUUGUUUCAAACACCAGAAAAUUCAACUUGUCAUUCA